UCCCUUUAAAAACACGUAACUCAUUGUUUCCAGCCACACCUCGCCACAUCUACCAAACGGUAGUAAAUUCAAGAACGUACAAUAACCUUUUGGGGGAGUGUGUCGUUCAGUACAAACGGUUGUUCAACAUAGCAAACGUUUAAGAGGACUGAACGCACCUCUACCUCCCCCUGUCUUUUUUUCAUUUAGUUCUUUCUCGUUGUGUAACUCCGCUCGUUUAGAACGUUGGAUCGCAGAGGGAGUUGUAGGAGAUCAACAAGGACGACUCAGUAACUAAUCAACCAAACAUCAAUUGAUAGUAGCAACUAGCAACCGUGAAGAAUGUCGACUAAAGAACGGGGCCUGGUUUAUCUCGUCACCGGGGGCUGUGGGUUCCUCGGACAACACCUGUUACAGGUCCUUUUGGAGAAAGAGGAUGCGGUAACGGAAAUUCGACUUUUUGACAAACACAUCGACUCAAGUUUAAAUGGCCACAGCACAGAGCGGGUAAAGGUGGUGGUGACGCAGGGGGACAUCACAGAUUACUCCAGUGUCCUGGAGGUUUCCAAGGGGGCAGACCUGGUCAUCCACACGGCCAGCCUGGUGGAUGUCUGGCACAGAGUCCCUGAGACAGUCAUCCAGGCUGUGAAUGUUCAAGGAACUGUGAAUGUGAUCAAUGCCUGUGUGGAGAAUGGUAUUCAGUAUCUGGUCUACACCAGCAGCAUGGAGGUGGUCGGCCCCAAUGUGAAAGGAGACCCCUUUAUCAGAGGUGAUGAAGACACCAUCUACAAUGUUUAUCAUGAUAUGCCCUACCCCAGGAGCAAGGCCAAGGCAGAGAAACUGGUGUUGGAGGCCAAUGGCAAUAAGGUGAAUGAAGGGGCCUGCUUGUACACAUGCUCCCUCCGUCCCACAGGGAUCUAUGGUGAGCAGCACCAGCUGAUGAGGGACUUCUAUCAGAUGGGUGUGAGGACAGGGGGCUGGAUCAUUCGAGGCGUCCCAAAGGACACGGAACAUGGUCGUGUCUAUGCAGGUAAUGUGGCUUGGAUGCAUCUGCUGGCUGCUCGCUCCCUGAGAGAGCACCCCCAAAGGCUUGGAGGGGAAGUUUACUUCUGCUAUGACGACUCACCCUACAAGAGUUAUGAGGAUUUCAACAUGCAGUUCCUUUCUGGGUUCAACUUCCGCCAGGUUCAUGUGCCGCUAUUGGUGCUGUGGUUUGUGGCGUGCCUGAAUGACCUGCUCCGCUGGGUGCUGAAGCCUGUGUGCAGCUACACACCAUUACUCAAUAGCUACACCCUCGCUGUGGCCAGCACCUCCUUCACAGUGGGUUCAGACAAGGCCCAGCGCCACUUCCAGUACCGCCCCCUCUAUGACUGGGACCAGUGCAAGGCCCGCACACAGAAAUGGGUGGACACCUUUCCCUUCGCAGGCCCCAAGGACUCCUGAUCUGCUGGUCUGGUGGAACCUUGUCUGGGCUAAACCGAUGCACCACACAUCAAAACCUGGGAUGGAUGGAGGAGUGAGAUGACUAUCUCAGAUUUAUAUUCUCACUAUGUUUGCUCCAUCAUAAGCAGUAUAUUCAUUACACGUAUGCAAACAAACUCUUGACCCCUGAACUCUUAAACCCUGAGCUAUGACCUCCUGCACGUGUUCCUCAAAUGGUUAUGUCCUCCUACCUGUCACUACUUGUGGCUAGCCUGUAGCUCCUCAGGUAAAAUUAUGACAAGGAAUGUUCCACACUGAAAUGGGUCACUUAUCCAUCCCGUGAUCUUCUGAUUCACAUGAGACCCUUCCCAGCCCUAAAUAAGAGAUAAUAUAUUGGAGAUUCAAUAUAAAUGUUUGGGGCUUUAUCGGACAUUGCAAUAUUCAUCUUCUUAAAAAAGGGGUAGAUAUAAUGUGAUUGGAGUCAUAAAAGGGCAUAGAGAUGUGAUCUAGGAAAGCUGCUCAUGAAUUGUUUUGAGUCUAUUUUCAACAAUACAUGGUGCAAUACAUUGCUAUACAUAUUUUGCAAUACAUUUUUCACAAGACAUCAUCACUACAUAGACCUGAUCUGUUUUUGUUGAAGAGCACUAGUGCAGAAAAUAAGUACUUACAUCUUAAACAUGCAUUAAUGCACACAGAGAAUAUUGUCUGAUUAUGUUCUAUGUGAUUUUAGAGUUUUAUAAAUCACCUGCUAUACAUUAAGGUGAUUUUCUAAUCUGAAUGCACUGCCAGGCAACUGAAGGCAAUAAAAAACGUAUAUUAUCUGGUAGAAAGUGGACUAUGUCUCAAACCAACUACAUUAAAGAAAUGUAAGCAUUUCAUGAGACACCUAUAAAACAUGUGUAACAUGAAAAUAUUGUGCUAUUUACAAUGUGUCAUUUAUUGACGGUCCCAAACUAGCCCCAGAGAUAGGCUAUCCAAAGUCUAAACCAUUUUGACACUGUCGCACACCAGCCGGGAAAGAAGUUGGAUAACUUGCUAGCUAAUUUAGGCUUCUUCCAGACACAAGACCUUGUUUGAAUGUUUCAAGUUAUCUCAAAGGGUGUGUACUGUUUUAGCACAGUGUAAGUAGAAAUGCUUCCCAUGCCGGAACAAACACAAGAGACGCCCACAUCAAAGAGUUCCUCCGAGACCCAAAACUUGUUUAGUUUAAUUUCCUAAUGAGGAGAAUUGAAAUCAGGAAGUUCAGCCCCCUUUAAGAAAACAAUAGACAUACUUGGAUCAUAGAAUUGGUUGAAUGGUAUCAGACACAUGUUUUCCAUGUGUUUGAUGCCAUUCCAGUACUCCAUUAUUAUGAGCCAUCCUCCCCUCAACAGCCCCCUGUGACUUGGAAAGUAUACUCUUUCUGUAUUGAAUAUUGUAUUGAAUAUGUAUUUGUUUAAUUCCAAAUACAACUGUUUUAAUUAAUUCAAAGUUGAUUUGUUUUUUAUAAGGUAAACAUGAUACUAUCAAAGACACAACACGUGAUUUUUCCUGAAAACGGCCUAGGUCCACUAUGGUGACCUCGGAAACUGCAAAAGAAACUAAAUGGAGAAACGUAUGCAAUAUAUGUUAACAACACAUUCAUUACAUGUCCUUUACAUAGUCCCAGUCGGUAUUAGAUAGAACGUUGCGCCCCUGCCUGCCUGUGGGGAAAACAACUUGUGGUUACCUUUUUCAAAAGUAAUUUUAUUGUCUGCUUGUUUUUAGUCAAUUACAAAACUACAUUUAAGAAAAGUAUGUCUAAAGAUUACUUUUCAGCAUUGCCUGUGAUGGGGGUCACCUUGGUCGUGAUGGGGGUCACCUUGGUCGUGACGGGGGUCACCUUGGUCGUGACGGGGGCUACACCAAAUGAUUGAUGUAUUAUAAUAAUUGAUUAUGCUUAUGAUGUAUUAAUAGAAGGGGGAGGGCUAUAAGACACUCCCCCACUACAUGUAUAGGAUCCUGGACCACAGAUUAGUAAUAUAUAUAUGCAUUAUAAGGUUUAGUUCUUUUCUAGUCUCUGCCUCUUAUAAGAAACGGUCUGAGAGAUGUGUGAGUUAGUCAAAACGGUAAAUACAGGGUGUCUGAGAAAGCGCCUCAAGGCUAAAAGUGAUACAUAGACAUAGACCCCUGCAGGGGAGUAAAUAGAUAAGAGAGAAGUCAGACAUACCACUGUAAGCCACACGUGAAUGGAACUGCUGAGCCCUUAGAAAAGACUGGACUAUUGUUUUCUCCUGCAAGUUUGUAUAACUGUAUAUGCAUGGGCUUGGUCUCAUGAGUGGAAGGUGUUGAUGUAGGCAGUUACACCACUAGGGGUUGACUGCAAGUAUAUUAAAGCCACUUUGACCUUUUUAACUUUGCAGAACUUACUCUGAAACAUACGUGCUGUGUUUCCGUUGUCAACUUCUGUCUGCAAUUGCAUUAAUAAAGGUUUGAUUGAUUUACUUACCAA